UUAAAACAGUUCAACCCACAGCUCAAAAUCUGUUUGAAUGAAUAACUAAACUCCUACAUUAAUGGAGACUCUCCAUCGAUUCUCUCUCCGUCUCCUCCCAAUAUCUUUAGCCGAUAAAUGCUUAAAACCCACAAAACACCAUCCCAUAUAUCGUUUAACCCGAAUACCCAUUUCCAAACCCGAUUUCAGAACCACGAUCCCCUACUCUAUAACCCGGAAAUCCUUAUCUUCCUCUUCAAUUGCCAAAGCGGGUUGGCUAUUGGGUCUUGGAGAAAACAAGAAAAUGAGUUUGCCAGAUAUAGUUAAAGCUGGUGACCCGGUUUUGCAUGAACCAGCUAGGGAAGUUGACCCGGAUGAAAUUGGAUCCGAAAGGAUACAAAAGAUAAUUGAUGAUAUGGUUAAAGUUAUGAGAAGAGCUCCUGGUGUUGGAUUAGCUGCUCCUCAGAUUGGAGUCCCAUUAAGGAUCAUAGUUUUGGAAGAUACAACAGAAUAUAUUGGUUAUGCACCCAAGGAAGAGACUAAAGCCCAGGACAGACGCCCUUUUGAUCUUCUGGUGAUCCUGAACCCAAAGCUUAAAAAGAAGGGCAACAGAACUGCACUGUUUUUUGAAGGCUGUCUAAGUGUUGAUGGGUUCAGAGCAGUGGUGGAGCGAAGCCUCGAGGUUGAGGUUUCAGGUUUGGAUCGAUCUGGCCAGCCUAUCAAAGUGGAUGCCUCUGGCUGGCAGGCUCGUAUCUUACAGCAUGAGUGUGAUCAUUUGGACGGAACUCUUUAUGUUGAUAAAAUGGUUCCAAGAACAUUUAGAACUGUAGACAAUUUGGACCUUCCUCUUGCUGAGGGAUGCCCCAACCUCGGUGCACAGUAGUUCAUGCUAAAGCUACAAAGAUAACAUGGAGAAUGUGAAAAGGAGGGCUUGAAAAUUCUUGUGAGACAUGGUAGACUCGAAUUAUGUAUCUAUAGGCAUAGCAUUUUUCCUCAUUUAGGAGAUGGUAAUGGUACUUAUAUUCGAGUUGCAUAGUGCUGGACAUCCUAGCCAUUUUAGCGUCGAUUGGAAUAAAGUUAUUAAAAUUUCUAAAUUUUGUCAAAAUCAAUGGAAUAGCUUUUAAUUUGAUGAA